CACACCUACUCCACUCUUCACUCUUCGCUGGUCAGCUUUCUCUCUCUAGUUUCUUUCGUUCUCUACUGGAGUUUCCUCAAGGAACCGCCCAGUGGUAUGCUUUGUAACCUGCAAUUUGGCCAUGGCUUCUUUGGUGGCACAGCUUGCUUUUCCUUCAGAUUAUAAUCGUAGAGUGUGGGAGGAUCCAUCAUUCAUCAAGUGGAGAAAAAAAGAUGCACAUGUUUCAUUGCAUUGUCAUGAUACUGUUGAAGGAUCUCUUAGAUACUGGUAUGAACGCAACAAAGUGGACCUUAUAGCAUCUAGUUCAGCAGUUUGGAAUGAUGAUGCUGUUGUUGGAGCUCUUGAUUGUGCUGCUUUCUGGGUCAAGGGCCUGCCUUUUGUUAAGUCUUUGUCUGGCUACUGGAAAUUUUACUUGGCUCCUGGACCUACCAGUGUUCCUAUGAAUUUUUAUGAUAGUUCAUUUGAGGAUUCUACAUGGGAAACUUUACCAGUUCCUUCGAAUUGGCAGAUGCAUGGAUUUGAUCGGCCUAUUUAUACAAAUAUCGUAUAUCCGUUUCCUCUUGAUCCACCUCAUGUUCCUACAGAUAAUCCUACUGGCUGUUACAGGACAGUCUUCCACAUUCCUCACGAAUGGAAGGGUCGUAGGAUAUUGUUACACUUCGAAGCUGUUGAUUCUGCCUUUUUUGCAUGGAUAAAUGGAGUUCCUGUUGGAUAUAGUCAGGAUAGUAGACUUCCUGCUGAAUUUGAAAUCACUGAUUACUGUCAUCCAUGUGGUUCCGACAAGAAGAAUGUUCUUGCUGUUCAAGUAUUUAGAUGGAGUGAUGGCUCUUACCUUGAAGAUCAAGAUCAAUGGCGGUUAUCCGGUAUUCAUCGAGACGUGCUUCUUUUAGCCAAGCCACAGGUCUAUAUUGAAGAUUAUUUUUUCAAAUCAAACUUGGGCGAAAAUUUUUCAUAUGCAGAUAUACAGGUUGAAGUGAAAAUUGAUAACUCGCUGGAAACAUCAAAAGACAGCAUUCUUAACAAAUUUUCUAUAGAGGCUGAACUGUUUGACAGUGCGAAGUGGCAUGACUCCAAUGAAUAUUGUGAUCUGCAUUCAUCUAGUGUGGCUCAUAUGGAACUCGACCCAUCCUCCUCUACUGCAAUAUUCGGGUUUCUUGGAUAUGUUCUAGUGGGAAAACUGGAAAGCCCCAAGCUUUGGUCUGCAGAGCAACCUUAUCUUUACACUCUUGUCGUCAUCCUCAAAGAUGAAUUUGGGAAGGUAGUUGACUGUGAAUCAUGCCAAGUAGGUAUACGGCAAGUAUCAAAAGCCCCAAAACAGCUACUUGUUAAUGGGCAUCCAGUAAUUUUAAGAGGAGUAAAUAGGCACGAACAUCAUCCACGUCUGGGGAAGACAAACAUGGAAUCCUGCAUGGUUAAGGAUUUGGUUCUAAUGAAGCAAAACAAUAUCAAUGCUGUGAGAAACAGCCAUUAUCCCCAGCAUCCUCGAUGGUACGAGUUGUGUGAUUUGUUUGGCAUGUACAUGAUUGAUGAAGCCAAUAUUGAGACCCAUGGUUUUUAUGGUUCUCAACAUUUAAAGAACCCCACAUUAGAAUCAAGUUGGGCUUCUUCUAUGAUGGAUCGAGUGAUAAGCAUGGUGGAGAGGGACAAAAAUCAUGCAUGCAUUAUUUCUUGGUCCUUGGGAAAUGAGUCUGGUUAUGGACCUAAUCAUUCUGCUUUGGCUGGUUGGAUUAGAGGAAGGGACUCCUCUAGGCUAUUACAUUACGAAGGGGGUGGAGCUAGGACUCCAUCAACAGAUAUUGUCUGCCCCAUGUAUAUGCGUGUUUGGGACAUUGUAAAGAUUGCAAAAGAUCCAACUGAAACGCGACCUUUGAUUCUAUGCGAGUACUCACAUUCCAUGGGAAACAGCAACGGAAAUAUUCAAGAAUAUUGGGAAGCUAUUGAUAACACAUUUGGAUUACAAGGAGGCUUUAUCUGGGAUUGGGUUGAUCAGGGGCUGCUGAAGGUUGGUGCAGAUGGUGCUAAGCAUUGGGCAUAUGGAGGUGACUUUGGGGAUAUCCCUAAUGAUUUGAACUUCUGUCUGAAUGGCAUUACAUGGCCAGAUCGAACUCUUCAUCCUGCAGUACAUGAAGUUAAGUAUGUCUAUCAACCAAUCAAGAUUUCUUUAAGUGAGAGCACACUUAAGAUAACAAACACUCAUUUUUAUGAAACAACAAAAGCAAUGGAGUUUAGCUGGACUGUCUGUGGGGAUGGAUGCAAACUUGGAUCUGGAACCCUAUCUCUCCCCAUAAUAGAACCCCAGAGCAGCUACUCUAUCGAAUUUGAGUCAGGACCAUGGUAUUCUCUAUGGGCUUCGUCUUCUGCAGAAGAACAUUUUUUAACAAUAACUGCAAAGCUCUUGCAACCCACACGCUGGGUUGAAGCUGGUCAUGUCAUUUCAUCAACACAAAUCCUGUUGCCUGCCAAAAGAGAAUUUGUUCCUCAUGUCAUCAAAAAUAAAGAUGCUCCUGUCCCUGGUGAAAUUCUUGGGAAUACGAUUAGAUUCUACCAGCAGAAUGUUUGGGAGAUACAAUUUAACGCUCAAACUGGAACCAUUGAAAGCUGGAAGGUUGGUGGAGUUACUGUGAUGAAUAAGGGCAUAUUCCCAUGCUUCUGGCGGGCACCUACAGAUAAUGACAAUGGGGGAGGUGCAAAAAGUUAUGUCUCUAAGUGGAAAGCAGCCCAUCUUGAUAACCUAUCCUUUAUCACUGAAAGCUGUUCUGUUCAGAAUAUAACAGAUCAUCCUGUAAAACUGGCUGUGGUUUAUCUUGGCAUCCCAAAGGGUGAGGAGAAUUCUUUAUCCAGAUCUGAGAAUCCAAAGGUUUUACUCAAGGUUGACAUAACUUACACAGUCUAUGGUUCUGGUGACAUCAUUAUGGAAUGUAAUGUCCACCCAUGCUCUGAUCUCCCACCCUUGCCACGUGUGGGGGUUGAAUUUCAGUUGGAAAAAACAAUUGAUCAGAUUAAAUGGUAUGGCAAAGGACCAUUUGAAUGUUAUCCAGAUCGGAAAGCAGCUGCUCAUGUGGGGGUCUAUGAGCAGAAUGUGGGUGAUAUGCAUGUUCCCUAUAUUGUUCCUGUAGAGUGUUCUGGUAGAGCAGAUGUUAGGUGGGUAACAUUUCAAAACAAAGAUGGUUUUGGAAUUUAUGCAUCCAUGUAUGGCAGCUCUCCACCAAUGCAAAUGAAUGCAAGUUACUAUAGCACAGCAGAGCUUGAACGGGCAACACAUAAGGAAGAGCUUAUCAAAGGAGAUGAUAUUGAGGUGCAUCUGGACCACAAGCACAUGGGUUUGGGUGGCGAUGAUAGCUGGUCUCCCUGUGUCCAUGAGAAAUACCUGAUUCCAGCAGUGCCAUACUCUUUCUCUAUCAGGCUGUCUCCAAUAACUGCAGCCAUAACUGGCUAUGACAUCUACAAAUCCCAGCUUCAGAACUAAUACCAUCCACCUAGGUUCCUUUUCUUCUCUCCUUCUCUACUGGGUUACUUUCUUUGAUGAUGGUAAAAAGAAAGACGAAUUUAAUUAUUUGAUGUUAUUAUGAACCAUGCAUUUUAAUUAUCAACCUAGAUUUUUAUGACAUUGUUUAUGUUAAGUUUUUCCUUUCAACUGGUUUGAUUUCAGAUCAAGAGAACUCGGCUCUGUAAUCAA